CCCCGGAUGUAAACGUCACAGAUGGAGAGGUCAUAGUCACAUAAUAAACAUUCACCACUUUGUUGUUGAAAAGUACUUUGAUUGGGAGGAAUCUGUGAUUGUAUUUUCUCUAUUUUUUUAAAUCAGAAAUGUCAACACCAGCAAGGAGACGCCUCAUGCGGGAUUUCAAAAGAUUACAGGAAGACCCACCUGCUGGCGUAAGUGGUGCACCAACAGAUAAUAACAUUAUGUUAUGGAAUGCUGUUAUAUUUGGGCCUCAUGAUACACCUUUUGAAGAUGGAACCUUUAAAUUAACUGUAGAAUUCACAGAGGAAUAUCCUAAUAAACCACCAACAGUACGAUUUGUAUCAAAAAUGUUUCACCCAAAUGUCUAUGCAGAUGGCAGUAUAUGUUUAGAUAUUCUACAAAAUAGAUGGAGUCCAACAUAUGAUGCCUCUGCCAUAUUAACCUCUAUACAGUCUUUACUACAUGAUCCCAAUCCUAAUAGCCCUGCAAACAAUGAGGCUGCACAGUUGUAUCGAGAAAAUCGUCGGGAAUAUGAGAAAAAAGUUCAAUCUAUAGUUCAAGAAAGUUGGACGUCCGAUAGUGAAGAUGAGGAGGAACCUGAUAAGAAAUCAUAGCAUUUCAUGAAAAAUAUAAACAAAAACUUUAUUUGUGCAACUUACAAGCAUGUUCUCAACUUUGAGAAUCAUCAUGCCGAUUUCGGAGGCCUUUUCCCCCCUCCUUUUUUGAAGUUGAAAGUGGUUUUUGAGCAACUUGAACUGUUGGUUUGAAGGAAGGACAGUUUUUUGCUGACAGUUAAGAUUUUUCAUUUGAAUAAUAUGUGCACAUGUUAAUGUUUUUGAAAAAGAAAUUAGCAUGUCUUAUAGAUUAAACAAUAUAUUACAGAUUGGUGAUAUUUCCUUGCACUGCAUUAAAUAUUGUUGAGGAGAUCGUUUGUAUAAUAUCAAUAUCGCAGUAAACUUAAUACUUACAUAUAAUAUGGAUAUGUAGUUUUCUUUUUACAGUUAUUUUAUUUAUUGUUUUAUCUGCUUAACUUUUUUCAUUGUCUUGUUUUUGUGUUGUUUUUUCCAUUUGUUUGAAAAAUUGAUCAUGUAUUUACCAUGCAACAUUAGUAUAUAGAUGUCGUACAAGAGUUUUGAUGGAAAAAUUGUCAUUCCGUGAUGAAUUUUAUGUAUUACAUUUACAUUCAUGUCAUGGAAUUGCCAAAACAAAGAACCUGUGAUAAUGCAUACAGUUUACACGAUUCCAUAGUGUACAACUCUGAAAGAUGAUUUUCUCUGUCGAAAGUUUAGAUACAAAUACUGUAAUCAUCCUGAAAUAUUAUACCAAAUUUACAGAUAUAAAGACUUCAAACUUGAAUUAUUAAAAUUGACUUAUUCUCUGGAAUAAACUUUCUGAAAUUUAAGAUCCAGUAUAUUGACUUUAACAGAAUCUGAUAAAAAUACAGAUGUAUUGUAAAAUGUUUUGAUACAAAUUUGCAUCACACAAGUUUAUCAAGUAUAAUCUACAAGAAAAUGACCAAUUGAAAAAAAAAUAACACUCUCUGAAAUUAGAACCUGAAAUUAGAACCUGAAAGUAAAAACCUUCAAGUUUAUAUACUCUACAAUCUUUGACUUUGAUAAUGUUGCAUCGAUUUGGAUCGACGAAAAAGUAAGAGAAUGCGAUAACAAAUCUUACCAAGGGGAAAAAUUACCUUUAUUUCUGUUCCUUUCAGUCUUUGUUAGAUGAACCCAAUCCUAACAGUCCUGCAAAUAAUGUCGCGGCACAACUGUAUCGGGAAAACCGUCGUGAAUAUGAAAAGAGAGUUAAAGCAGUGGUCGAGGAAAGUUGGAUUUAUCUGGGGGAUUAAACACCUUCAUCGUCAUCACCUUUCUCAUCAUUUUCAUUUCACUUGUACCUUUGCCAUUUUGUGAUGUACAUGUUCUUGUCAUUUCAAAUUGUUUUGUGAAAUUCAUUGUUAAGAUUUGUUCGAGUUUCAGGAAGCUUGAAUAUUGUUGCAAAAUUAUAGUUAAUGGUUGGGAAAUGUUUCUGUGGCAAUUUCUUUACCUUUUGCAUAAGAUUUACCAAAUAUAUUAGUAAGAGGACUUCCAAAAGUGGAAGCAUAAAUAAUAUUGCUUAAAUUUGAAAAUGCUGCGUGAUGAAAAGUGUGCUUUAAUUGUGAUGAACAGUGUAUAGGUAUCGGAAGUAAGGUGUGUUAUUAUAUUUAAGUAAGUAUAUGUCUAGUUAUGCUAGAUUUACCAACUUUCUUAGCUUGUCAACCAAAGUCAAAGUUGAUGAGAAAUUAUUUCAAUGGAUUGAUUGUUGACCUAAUUAAGAAUGGCUUGUUACUAUAUAAAUUAGUGAAAAUCCACUACAGGGCUCAUUUUGUUGUUCAAACAGAACCUGCAUUUGUUUUAAGCCUUCUUGCACAUUGUGUUUUAAUCUGGAGUCUGUACAACAAGCAAAAUAUUUAAUAGGGCUGCAACGAAAUGCAUUCCUCAUGAUAUGAUACAAAUCGCGGUGUGAUGCUUUCAAUACGAUUUUUAUCACAAUACAAAUAUCUCCUUAAAGGUCAACUUCAUAAUGAUUGCGUGCAGAAUUUUGUCAAAGACUAAAAUAGUAAAUACAUGUACUAUUGAAAUAUAUUUUUGUAUAAUUUCUAGUACUUUUGGGUAUGACUGCACAGUGGACCACAUCUUUACUGAAGGAUUAAAAAAAUAUAAGUUCACUUUUUAGGAGUUUGAUAAAAAUUAUUGAUAAUUUAUGUACUGUUAGUCUAUCACGAUACAGGAAAACAAAACAAUUUGGUACGAAACACAAGAAAGUAUCGUGAUACAAUACAAUUUGGUAUAUUGUUGCAGCCCUAAAUUUAAGUGUUGCAUACGCUGCUAUUACUUAUCUGUAUUUGAUUGUAUACAUGUCCAAUGCCAACUGAUGUAUGUACUGAACAUCGGACUCUGGCAUUGUGCUUGGAUGUCCAAUAUCUACAAUUUGAUAUAAUCUACCUGUAUUGAUGUAUUAACACAUAUUUCAACAAAUUGGUUGCAGAUUGAAAUCUAAAAGGAGCACAUGUAUGUCAAUUUGUAAUACAUGUAAUAAAAUCAUGAUUUUGAUUAAUGUUUUUUUUUUAAUUACCCGUAGCAUCUGGUGUGGAUUUGAAGAGAAACCUCUUUGUAAGAGAAUGUAUGGUUAAAUUUCAUUUUAGAAAUAAUUCAGUUUCAUGUUUUUUUUUGUGCUGAAGUAAUUUUCCAAGAAUGCAGCCAAUUUAUAAUUAAUACGAGAUAUCAUUACAUUUCUACCUGUAAUAAAUGACAGAUUGAUAAUUUUGUUUUUUCUCCCCAGUUUUACAUGGAAAAAGACAAUCCAUUUUGACUAUUUCCUCAUUGUGUCACUACAGCAUACCGGUUUCCUAUUUCUGAAUCUCGGUCUCGGGUGGUCAUGAUUGCAUUAUUGCAAGAGUCCCAAAACGUAAGAUCAUUUGAUUGAGCUGUUGGGCCUUGGCAACAUGACAUGUUACAAAAGCUAUGAGCAUUGAUGUACAGUGUUUUCUUACAUUUUCACUCUUGUUCAUUGCUAGAUUUUUAGACUGGGAAGUUCCUUCUUUUUGAUGUUAUUGUAGAAAGAGGCUGGCCAAUUUUUGUGCUAGGUGCACUUAAAGUGUUGGAUUGUGAAAAUCCUUGUUUUUGUUUUAAUCUUGAGAUAUAUAACAAUAACUUUAGUAUAACAUGAUUUUGGUUAUUUGAAUUAAAUCGGUGCAAGAGAGAUGCUUUUUUUGUGUUUAUUUAUCAGUGUUUUCACUACUGUAUAACUUGAUAGACAUGUGUUUACACGGGAAGCGCUAUUGUAAAUGUAAGUCAUUUAGCAGCACCAGCCUUCACAUAGUUCUGUCAGAAGAACAAUAGAUAAACGAAAAUAAUUUGCAUAGCUUGUCAAAAACAAUGAAAUGCAUCCAAUUUUCUUGACUGUCAUGCAUAGAUUUGUCUAGUAGAAACAUUUGUUCUCCAAUUUUUCAUCUUGAUCACUGUAUUUUAUCAUAUAUUUACACUGCAUUUGUCUAGUUGACAUUUUGUUAAAAAAAUGCAUCUGCAUGAUUUUAAAGCAGUUUGUAGAUUCUGUUAUUCUGUGUGAAAUCUCCACAUUUUGUAUUUGAAAGAGAUAUUGAGAAUAGCAUAUGUAUGUUCACAGUAGACAUCAGACAAUGAUAUAUCAAGACAUUUCUAAACAGUAUUUUAUUCACUGGAUCUUUUCUUUAUUAUUGUCAGCAUUGUAAUUUUCUUUGUUAAGUUACCGUUAUCUACACAGGAAAAUCAAAGAACAAAGGUGAUAUAUGUGUAAAGAAACAUCUUCCUUCCUGAUCGGGUGACUGCCGUUGCACGUCAUGUAAAUGUAGUGGUAUGUAUAGCCAAUGUGUGGAUGUACAGACAUCUCUGUUUAUAACAGAAAGUAGCUUUUGCUAAUACUUGUUGUCUUGUCAUAUAUUCCGUCUUUUCGUAUAGCAGUUAUCUGCUCUUGUGAGUAGGUAUUGAUUGUUAUGUCAUUAGUUUGUGAGAGUAACAUCAUCAAUUUUUGAGAAAACAACGUAAUUUUCUCGCACACCAAUGACAUCACAAUCAAUACCUGCUCACAAGAGAAGGUAACUCUGCAAUAUGCAAAGGCAGAAUUGUAAACAGUAUGACAAGUGUACUACAUCAUAUUAUCAAAUGUAAACAAGUCACUGCCGACAAGUUCUAAGCCUGUGAAGUUUAAGUCCACCUCUAUUCUAAAUACCAGACAUUUAUAUUUGAAAGUCCUAUACGGAUCAGUAUAAUAAAUGUAUGUUAUACAGAUAAGAGCCUAGGUUACAGUUUAUCAAUGGGCAUGCUCGUUAUCCUGGAUUCUACUGAUGACGGGGUAUGAUGUUCCUACUGUCCUAUAAGUAGCAUGUCUGUAUGACAUACAUUAAGCUUAUAUAGGCAGAACAUUAUAGGUAAUGGUUCUGUGAUCUGAGAGUGUGAACUGAUUAGGCUUCCACUGUCCGGAUAUUACUAUGUAUUUGUAUAGUAAUUGCAUGUAUUAUUGGACAUGUUAUUGAUAACAAUCCACUCAAACUAAUCAUAUUGUAUCAACACAUUGUCUAGUGUGAUCAUUGUCAAAGUGCAAAAUGAAAUAAAUUUAUUUAAAUACUUA